GCAUAUGUAGAUCCCAGACUAGAAAGGAUUAUGAGAGGGAUAGAGGAAGAUACUGUAAAGGAAGUGGGAAACAGAAAAGGCAGUAGAAUACAUGUAACAUGAAAGCAGAAGGGAGACACACUGUGCCAAGAAAGGGCAUCAGCUGGAGGAAAGGAGUGGGGAGAAGAAAGGGCAGUGGCGUGGGCGGGAGGAGGGGGAGAGGAGGGAAAACAGUCUAAUGAUAUAAUCGUGUGAAGAUGCCAUGAUGAAACUCAAUAUUUUGUAUGUUAACUUACGAAUUAAUUUAAAAAAAGAAACCUACAUGAGGCUAAGUAAAAUUAUAUGAAUCUUAAGAUUUCAUAUAUGUUUAUGCUUCUUAGUAUGUUGUAAAAGGUUUAAUUACAAUAUUAAACCACUUAGACAUACAUAAUGUUAAAAAACAGACACAGUGCUAUAUUAAAGUAUAUUAUUAAAAACAACUGUCAGCUUUUCAGUGUGUUUAUGCUGCUGCUGUUGCUGCUGCUGACUGUUAAUUUGUUUUGUGGGCAAACGAAAAUAAGAAAUGUCACACAGUCAAGCUGAUUCCUGGGAAAUUCUCUGGUGCUUUCACAAGCCCUUUAAGCCAUGAGGGUGGCAUUUGGUAAUUUACUGUUGGAGAAGACACAUAGUGGCAUUCUAUGGAUGAAAAGAAGGGUGUUUUCCUCUGGAGAAUCUGACAGAGGCAACUUAUCUUGUAAACUACAGGGAAAGGAUGGAAAAAAAAUGGCUGUCACAUCAGAGUGACUCCUCAGUGACACCCAACACCAAGUGCUUUGACUCUGCAGAGCAGACCCAAGAGGAGGCUGGAUCAGAAGUCUACUAACCAGAGACAGAAUCUGUCUUUUGUUUUCUUAUUAGAAUGAAACUCUCAUAGACAAAUGGUACUGAAAUGUCAUCUGGCAUCUUUCUGGCUGGCUCUGGGAAGAGUUGGUGGUUUUCACCUAGUUCCCGGAGCACAUGGCUUCCCACCCCAGAACUGUUGUGUGUUAGGCUACAUUUUGCCAAACACAUUAAAUAAGCCCUGUUUAGAAUACAUUAACCUUAAGAGCCAAAUAAAUCCAUCAAUAGCAUUUAUUUGCCACCCACCAUGCUCAGUUCCUGGGGAGGGUGGAAAGUCACAAUUAAAAGGGAACACAUGGAUUGAAGGUAUAGAACAUUCAUCAUUGAAAAUGUCAACUACCAAGUUUGAAAGCUAAAAGAGAAUUUGGAAAAUCAUUUCCCAAGUUACUUCCAGAGAACAUGAGCUCUGUGGGACAUGACUAAGGGCUCCAGGGUCAGACAAGUUGAAGUACGGCUCCACUAAAGGGUUCCUGCACACAGGGCUUCUUGUGCUUAGACAUCUGCCUUAUUUUUCUAUUCCUGUGAUGAGACACUCUAACAAAAACAAAAUGCCAGGGUACAGACCAUCCCAGUGGGGAGGAAACGGCUGCAGGAGCUGGAGGGAUCUGCUCACAGUGUGUCCAUAGUCUGGAAGCAGACAAUGAUGAACGCUUGUCCUCAGUUCUUUCUCCACUUGUAUAGUCCAGGUUCCCAGCUCAGACAACAGUGUGCCCAGAGUGGGUAGUUCUUCUUGCCUCAAUCAAGCUAAUUCCCAACAGGCACACCCAGAGGCCUGCCAGUCUGCCAGUUUCCCAGGAGAUUCUAGGUCACAUCAAGUUGGCAAUGGAGAUUAAUCACUAAAACUUUAAAAUGCAUUACACAGCUCCAUUAUGGCUCUAUAGCCUGACUCCUACAGAUUUGGGAAAACAGUGAUUUCAAGUGGUUACUCAACUCCCAUCACCUUGUAACUGAAGAAGAUGAGGUAACGUGACUUGUCCAAGAUCAUGCAGCUCACAGCAGAGCCAAGAUCAGGCUUUUAGCUCCUUUUCUUUUGAAUCUAGUGACUUGCAGUUGAAGUUGUUACUGGGUCUCCAUUUCCUAAAGCAUGUAUUUUUAAGGGACCACUCCUUGUUUUCACAAAUUGGUUGGCUGAACGAUCCUACAUUCACAGUUCAGGAAAAUGAAAGAAGACCCAGGAUUUAGGAGACCAGGGAUCUGGCCUGGAAUUGCCAUCUCCCCUGUGGUUAUUAUUGGUAAGCUGGGGGUAAUCUUUUUUUUAAUUUGUCUUUUGGUGUGUGUGUGUGUGUGUGUGUGUGUGUGUGUGUGUGUGUGUGUGUGUGAUCUUUUUCUAUAGCUGUCAACUGAACACACAAGCACCGACCUGCACUGCUUCUGGCCUCUGGUUAGAAGUUUAAUCUUAUUCCAGGGAUAAUAGAAUCCUCUUGGAGAGGAUUUAAGAACAGUGAGGUCAUGGCAUUACCCAGACAGGAACCUUUUUAAGGAAAGGGGAUUUCUUCUCUCCUCCGUGGUAUCUGCCUUAAUACGUCACAUGCUUUAGAUGCUAAAUGAACAGAAAAUGACACCAUACAACAUGAGCAGAAAAAAAAAAAAUAAAAUCAGUAUGCGAUACACAUGAAAUUGACUAGAAGACGCGUGAGGAGGUACUGCCCGUGGUUUUGACUUGUUUUGUUUUUCCUUUUGUACAAUAUGAAAACGAUGGUUUUAAACGAGAAGACCCCUCUUUCACAUUGUGGAUGGUUUUUAGAAAUGGAAACAUAAGCAGGUUGAAAAAUAAUUUGGCCGCUUAAUCUGCUGGGCCCAAGAGAGUGAUUUGUAGUACUUAAUAAUAGUUAGAACUAAUUCUGUUUUCCUAAUGUGGAUUGUUUUUCCAGUCCCCUGGACGUACCAUGUUGAAGCUUUUAGAUAAAUACUGGCUUCCUUGGGACUGGCUUGGGUUGUUACCUCAUUUGAAAGAUGAGAAAAAUACAUUAAAGUGUCAGGGAAUUUGUAGGGUCAUUAACUUGACUCUGCCCUUCAAAAUAAAUAUGUCAGCCUUAAUUUUCAAUGGAGGUGGCUCACCUAUAUCCCAAAGUUCAUGGAUUCCUUCUUGGGAAGACACACUGGUUAUAAAUCACAGUGAGUGGUGACGGGAAUGUGGAACUCGACCUUGAACAAUCCCCCAGCGCUGGAUCCUUUAGUGCAGUGGAUGGAAAUGCAUAUAAAGGAAAAGGGUACUACAAUAGAUUUGUAUUUACUCCUUUGUUUCCCUUCCAAACAAUUUCCACAGGCAGUCAUAACCAUUACAGCUAGAAACAGUAAUGGCUCUCUAAGCAUCCUGUAGCUUCUAAAACACUCUUGAAAAUGAAAACAAAUGAUGCAAUAAGCACAACAAGCCUUUGGGAAAGCUGACCAUAAAGGAUGCUGAAGCAAGCACACAAACACAUGCAUUACCCCUGCCCAGAGCACGUUUCUCUUGAAGACUAGCCCACAAUCUUAUACUUCAGUAACCCGACUGCCACCCACAGGGCCAGCGCUGGGAGAUGCCUUGUUGAAAUGGCAACCUCCCAUUGUCCCUUCCAGGCAUCCUGAAACAUCCUCCUAACAUCUGUAAAAUGUGCCCCAUUAAGCAUAACAGAACGAAUAAACAGGCCCCUGAAAGCAACAUUAUUGAAAGUAAGUGUGUUACAAAGUAGCUCUCCUAGUUCUAAUUAAAAGGAAAGAAUGGGGGGCAGGAAACUGAUUUUUCUCUUAAUGUUUCAAUGACUUGACCUAACCAGUGUAUCUGUACAGUUUGCUAACACCCUCAUUUGAAUUCCACUAAAUAGCCAAACACAGCAGUGCCAGGGAUGAUGCCAUGGAACAAUUUUACCUGAAGAAGGGAGCUUAAUUAAAAGUGACUUAAUUUCCAUCCUUUGGGAUUCUAGAUGUUCAAGGUAGCAGGACUAGUGACGUGUAUAUAUUUGAGAUUAAAGUGAAGCUUUCAUAAAAGAAGGGUUUGGAGUAUUUGGCAAAUUGAUAGUAAAUGAGGAUUUAAAAAAAAUAACUGCUUUACCUGUGGUUCGUCACCUUUCCCAGAAAGCUUUGCCUAACCUAACCAAUAUUUCUUUCGGCUGACCUGUGUCAUAGUUUUCUAUAAAUCUACAAGACUGUUUCAUACACAGUGGAGAUAAAUUAGGUUCUUUCCCUACUUGGCUUGGUCAAACUGUGAAUAAAUCUGUUUUAUUUAAAAAAUUGACUGCUUUUUUUUUCAUCAAAGACACUUCUGCAAAACUGAAUUUAUGUUAUGCAGGUUACCCAUUAAUGCCACUCCUGUUGACCUGAUAUCUCUGUGUCCUCAUAGUCACAAAGGCAGACACAUUCUAAGGUGACCCUGGGACUCUUUGCUCUUUUUGUUCAAGCCUGUGCAAUCCCCUGCUGAAUGUGGAUAGGACCUGUGGCUCAUUGGUUUCUCAUCAGUGGGAUAUGGCAAGGUUACAGGAUAGUUCUGAUUACAAUACUGGUAGUUGUAGGGGAAUUCUCCCUUGCUGGGUUUGAAGAAGCAUGCUGUUAUGCUUGCUCUGCCUGCACAGAGGACAGAGAACCCGGGGAAGCCUCCUGUUGCUGUCCAGCAGGAAAGGGAGGCCGUAUUGAUGUCCUGCAAAGAGCUGAUUCUGCCAACAACCUGAUUAGUUUGGAACCAGAUCCUGCCCUAGUGGAGUGUAUGAUGAGCCCCCCGAGCUCUGCUCAACAUCUUGAUGGCAGGGGACUCAGCUAAGGCUCAGAGCUUCCCUAGUGCUCUGACAUGAAGCAUCACUAGGAACCCAUUCUACACGGGCUGUGUGAGGAUGAAUGCCUGCAGCCCCCAUUGACCAAUGGAAAUGGCUGUAGACAUAGGCUUCUCCUCUUCCUCCUUUGGAAAUACAUUGCACAUCGAUGCUCAGGAAGGCCUGGGGGUUUGGAGCAUCAGGAGUCCAACCUGGGCAGCAACUCCAUAAAGGUCCAUCACAUUGGUUGUCUUUUUCCUUCCUUCCAGUCUUUCAUUCCCUGAUCCACAGGGACCACGAGGCAAACAACUAAUUUAUAAUUCUCUAAAGUUUUUUUUUUUUAAAUCAUUAAUGUGUCUAUGUAUGAUGUGUGUGUGUGUGUGUGUGUGUAUGUGUGUGUGUGUGUGUGUGUGUGUGUGUGUGUGUGUGUGUGUGUGUGCCGUGGUAUGUGUGUGGGGAUUAGUGGAUAACCUUUGGGAGUUGGUUCUCUCUUUCCACCAUAGGUUCUGGGGAUUGAACUCAGGCUGGUAGGCUUGCAAUGACAAGUGCUUUUACCUGUCACUUCACAGGCCUCUAAUUUAUAGAUCUGGACUGAUUCUGGGUAUCAGGUGAUUUGUCUCUGUGAGAAAGAAAGAGCCAUUAUCAGCACAGUUGGUGGUGACUAGCUAUCUUUUGGGGAAACCAGAACUAGUCCACAGGACAUUUACCAGUGUGCUAUACAGACUUAAGGGAUUUGUUUACUUCCCAUUCUCUACUCUGUCCUUACUAGCAACAGUCAAAAUGAAUUGCAGCGUCUCCUAACAAAGGAUGGCCUUGUACGAUACAUUCAUUGUUCUAAAAACAUGCUAGCAAAAAAUGAAAAUGGAAACAUGAUCCAGUAAACACUCUAUUUUUAAAAGUACCAGAAGUGUCUCCUCUAUCUGAUGAUUAGCGUUGAGAGUAGAGUGCCUCAUGGCCUUGGAACACACAUAUAUUAUCUAUAAGUAUCUCCAGCUCUUACAGGCUAAGGCAAGCAGAUCACCAUGAAUUUAGACAGUCUGGUCUAUGUGGUGAGUUCCAGGACACACUGAAUUACAGAUUGAGAACCUAUCUUAAACAAAAGAAUAAGCCUCAACAUACAAAAGACAAAAAUAAAACACAAAAAAAUAAAAUUUUCUUGAUUCUGCAGACUUAAAAAAAAUCAGCGUCUCCCCCGAGAUCGGCUUUUAAUUUUGUUAUUUUCUUCUUUUAUAAAAUAAGGAGAUGAGGUAUCUGAGGAUCACCUGUCCACUCACUCCUAGCAGAACCCAGCUAGCCCACACUUACAUGCCUACCAACCCAGCUCUCCAGCCAGCCUCGCUCCCUAGGCAGCGCGCAUGGCUCACUCUGCGCACGCGCAGUUGCUGAGGUUCCGGGCUCUGAGGCCGUUGGGGAGGUUUCCAUCCCCUUGGUUUUUGACCCUCUGCGCUUGCCUGCUCUGCCUCUGCCUCCACCCCAGCCUAGCGCUGGCCCUGCUCCUCUCGCAGGAAGGUGGCGGCCUGCUGCCCCAUGGGCAGCGGUGCCCAGAUGAACCCCAGCGCCCCAGGCUGCCCCAUGGCCUCGCUCUACGUGGGGGACCUGCAUCCGGAUGUGACUGAGGCGAUGCUUUAUGAGAAGUUCAGCUCGGCCGGGCCCAUCCUUUCCAUCCGGGUGUACAGGGAUGUGAUCACCCGCCGCUCCCUGGGCUACGCUUCCGUGAACUUCGAGCAGCCUGCUGACGCAGAGCGCGCCUUGGACACCAUGAAUUUUGAUGUCAUCAAGGGCAAGCCGGUCCGCAUCAUGUGGUCUCAGCGUGAUCCGUCACUACGCAGAAGUGGAGUAGGCAACGUGUUCAUUAAAAACUUGAACAAAACCAUUGAUAAUAAAGCGCUGUAUGAUACAUUUUCUGCUUUCGGCAACAUCCUUUCCUGCAAGGUGGUUUGCGAUGAGCACGGCUCCAAGGGCCAUGGGUUUGUACAUUUUGAAACAGAGGAGGCAGCAGAAAGAGCCAUUGAGAAAAUGAACGGGAUGCUUCUGAAUGAUCGCAAAGUUUUUGUUGGACGGUUUAAGUCUCGGAAAGAACGAGAAACAGAGCUUGGAGCGAGGACGAAGGCGUUCACCAACGUUUACAUCAAGAACUUUGGGGACCACAUGGAUGAGGAGACCCUGAAUGACCUCUUCGGUAGGUUUGGACAGGUCUUAAGUGUGAAAGUCAUGACCGAUGAAGGUGGAAAAUCCAAAGGAUUCGGGUUUGUCAGCUUUGAGAGGCACGAAGAUGCACAGAAAGCGGUGGAUGAGAUGAAUGGAAAAGAGCUCAAUGGAAAACACAUUUAUGUUGGUCGAGCUCAGAAAAAAGUGGACCGGCACACAGAACUUAAGGGCAAAUUUGAACAGAUGACACAAGACAGGAGCAUCAGAUACCACGGUAUUAAUCUUUAUGUGAAAAAUCUUGACGAUGGUAUCGAUGAUGAGCGUCUGCAGAAAGAAUUUUCUCCGUUUGGAACGAUCACCAGCACAAAGGUUAUGAUGGAGGGUGGUCGCAGUAAAGGGUUCGGUUUUGUGUGUUUUUCCUCCCCUGAAGAAGCCACCAAAGCAGUUUCUGAAAUGAACGGUAGAAUUGUCGCUAGGAAGCCACUGUAUGUAGCUUUAGCCCAGCGCAAAGAAGAGCGCCAAGCUCACCUCACUAACCAGUAUAUGCAGAGAAUGGCAAGUGUACGAACUGUGCCCAACCCUGUGAUGAACCCCUACCAACCUGCACCUUCAGGUUACUCCGUGGCCGCUGUCCGGCAGACUCAGAACUGUGCGCCAUGCUGCCCUAGCCAGAUUACUCAACCAAGGCCAAGUACUCGCUGGACUGCUCCGGGUGCCAGGACUCAUCCAUUUCCAAAUGUGUCUGGUGCUAUCCACCCAGCUGCUCCUAGAUCAUCAUUUAGUACUGUAAGACCAGGUCCCUCACACGCUCCUCAAGCCGUGUCCACACACCGCAUUACUAACACAUCAGCACAGACAACGGGUCAACGUCCUGCCGCCGCAGCUUCCAUAGCAACUACUCCUGUUCGCUCGGUUCCACAGUACAAAUACACCUCGGGAGUUGAGAACCCCCAGCAACAUCUUAAUGCACAGCUAGUGCAGCAGCCUGCUGUUCGGGUGCAGGAUCAGGAACCAUGGACUGCUUCCAUGCUGGUAACUACUCCCCAAGAGCAAAAGCAAAUGCUGGGCGAAAGGCUGUUCCCUCUCAUUCAAGCCAUGCACCCGACUCUUGCUGGGAAGAUCACGGGCAUGUUGCUGGAGAUUGAUAACUCAGAACCACUUCAUAUGCUCGAGUCUCCGGAGUCUCUGCGCUCCAAGGCUGAUGAAGCGGUGGCCUUACUCCAAGCCCACCAAGCUAAAGAGGCUGUCCAGAAGGCUGUGAGCAGUGCGUCUGGUGUCCCGACUAUUUAAACUCAUCAGAGACAUCGAAAAGGAAACUCACACUUUGCAGAAGAAAA